ACAACUUGGCCUCCAGCACAGAUCUGGUACUCACUACGAAUCAGGAUCUCUUUCGUGCUCGUGUACUUUCUGUCUCUCUCUUUCUCCCCCUCUUCCCCCACUUUUCAUGGUUAAAUGGACAAAGCUGGCAUCUCAGAUGCUGCGAGCCCCCUGGCAGGCACCGGUCAGGUCACCGAGGCAACGGCCCCCAGCGCUCGGGUGUUCCGCUGCGGCUUUGUACGACACUGGGUACCCCUGGCCUACAGAGAGGAGCUUUAUCAAGUUCUGCGACUAACAGGGCCUCUGCUCGUUACCCGGAUUUUAAACUUCCUUCAGCCUUUCGUCAGCACCAUAUUUGUUGGUCAUCUCGGGAAUGCUGAACUGGCAGGAUAUGCGCUGGCCUCUGCGACCAUUAACGUGACGACCGCAGCCACAGGAUGUGGUCUGGCCCUGACGUGUGACACACUGGUGUCCCAGACGUUCGGGAGUAAAAAUCUGAAGCGUGUUGGGGAGAUUAUGCAGAGGAGUAUCCUGAUCCUGCUGCUGUUCUGUCUGCCAUGCUGGGCCGUCCUCAUCAACUCCGAGUCCAUUCUGUUGCUCUUGCAUCAGGAAGCUGAGGUUGCCAGAAUCGCACAGAUGUAUGUCUAUGCAUUCAUACCAGCAGUUCCUGCCUUUUUCUUGCACCAGCUUCAGGUGGCUUACCUUCAGAACCAGGGGAUCAUCCUGCCCCAGAUGUACACAGCAGCAAUAGCCAACGUAUUAAAUGUAGCGGCCAAUUACACACUCAUUUUCCGGAUGGGUCUGGGAGUAAAGGGCUCUGCUGCAGCUAAUUGUAUCUCACAGUUCUCCAUCGGACUCCUGCUGUUCGGCUACAUACGCUGGAAAAAACUGCAUGUCAGCACAUGGGGGGGCUGGUCCAUGGCCUCGCUGCAGGAGUGGGAUUCCUUCAUGAAGCUGGCCAUUCCCAGUACAUUAAUGCUCUGCUUCGAGUGGUGGAUUUAUGAAAUCGGAGGUUUCCUCACAGGUAUGCUGGGAGAGGUGGACCUGGCGGCCCAACACGUGCUGCUGGAGCUGGGAUCCAUCACGUACAUGUUCCCUCUAGGUGUCCAUGCAGCAGCGUGCGUACGUGUGGGCAAUGCUUUGGGGGCAGGAGACACACGUCAAGCUCUGAUCACCAGCAAAGUGGCCUUAUUUGUUUCAGGAGUAUUAGCACUGUUACAAGGGAUUGUGCUCGGAUCUACAAAAUCAGUCUUAGGCCACAUCUUUACCAGUGACAAGGCCAUUAUUGAGAUCGUGUCCGAAAAUAUGACCUUCUAUGUUUUUUUGCAGUUUGUCGACGCCCUUGUGUGUGUCAGUUCUGGGAUCCUUCUUGGCUCAGGGAAACAGAAGAUAGCAGCCAUAGCCAACCUGAUCUCUUACUACUGUAUCGGACUUCCUUUGGGAAUAUCGCUGAUGUUUGCCGCUAAGCUGAGGGUUCUCGGUCUGACACUUGGUCUCUUAGUCUGCGUUAUCAUCCAAGCUUGCUUUUUCAUCACGCUCAUCUUGAAACUCGAUUGGAAAAAACUGACGGAGAAGGCUCAGAAACGAGCGGGAAAGAAUGGGAAGGUAAAUUGUGUAGGACAGAAGGUACCUCUUAGUGUUCCAGUCCUGGACAACAUUAUUCCUGAAGGACCAGACAACCCCGAGCACGUACCUGCUGGAGGAACUGUGGCACACUCGGUAAACAACUGUGCAAAAACGAGUCCAUACGCUCCAGUGAGCACCAAAGAACAGGUGAAACCCGUGAACGCUCAGGAUGAGCCGGAGGACAGAGAGGCAGGAGAGAGGCAGAGAGCUCUGCUCUCUGUCCCACAGUUGGUCCUGAGGAGAGGCUUGGCUGUCCUGAUUGCGGUUUUGCUGUUAUCCAUUAGCAUUGUGGUUCAUCUGACAUGCCCACCACCGCAGCCAUUUGCCCAGUUUAAGAGCAACUUGACUGCGGACACGGGGAACCAGACCAGCCCUACUGCCUUCCCCAGCUCUACAACUACUAACUACCUAACAGUGAGAUCGAUCUGAAUUACAAUACAAUCGGAAACAUGAGCUACCAAAGCUUGCAGUUUUUUUGCUAAGGUUUUGCUGUGGUAUUAGUCCAGUCACUCCUUAGCAGGUUUACCAAACACCAAACCAGUAUUGAAUUACUUUCUAACCAUGACCUCCUCAACUGUAUGAACAAAAGUUAGGAACCUGUCUAAUGGAACUGCUUAGCCCUUAAAGGUCUAAGGAAUGCAUUUCACACUCCAUUUGUAUACGAGCAGAGAAUGCUUGAGAUGAGUAUCUACUAAUAAGGAGAAGUUUAUUUUCCCCAUAGUGUGAUUAAAACAGAUUUCAUUCAACUGAACAACAAACACUUCAUAUCCUGGUCAGGGUUGCAGUCGAUCCUUUCCGAGAUGGACCGCCAGUCUAUUACAGAGCAAUACACAUACACACAUUUACACAGGGCAUAGCCAGUCUCCUUACAGUAUAUGGGUGUGUUUGGGAGGUGUGGGAACCUAGAAAGCCCAGUGGAAACCUAUCACGUGGAAAGAACAUGUAAAACUCCUCACAUAGUAACCCAAUCUCAGGAGUAACCCAGGUCCUCUGGGGUUGUUAGUUUUCAUGUGGUACAGUAUGAAAUGAUUAAAAUCUAAUUUUAUAGGAUUAAUGUAAAUGUUGCAAACUGCUAGUAAGGUUAUACUUGAAGUAGUCUGUCAUUUUGUGUUUUUCAUUCUCAUCACCUGUCUAUUUAUGUGUUUGUAAUUGUUUUUCACACGACAGACUGUUUCAAGUGUAGUGUUACCAAAUUAUCAAUGAAAUUCAUUGAAACACUUUCCGUUCUUAGUGUUUUACAUUAUAUUUUCAUAUACGAGGGUGCAUUUGGAUCUAUUGUACUUUUUUAGUCAGAAUUCUUUUUUUGAAUUUUAAUAAUAACUCUGUACACAUGGACAUAUUCAUUUGUACUUUAUUACUGACUGCAAUAAAGAUUAAAGUGAUUAAAAACAUAUUGAUUGUGCAUAAGACAGCUUCAGCAAAAUGAAAGAGAUUAUAAUAAUUUAGUUUGCUAAACAUAAAAAAAAAUCAACAAUGUAAUUAUUUUAUGUGUAAUAAGUUGUUAUUUUGGAACUACCAAAAAUUUGAUAAUACCAUCCUUAUUAAAAUUUUGAGACAUUUGAUAGGACUAUGCAUUUUACACACAGUAUCAAAAGUAGGGACACAAGGUUUCAAUUUAUUUUCUACACUUUUUUUAAACUAUGACAUACAUUAAAUAACAACAACGCUAACAGUCAGUUGUUAUUUUAAAACAUGAAUGUCGGCUGUUCUGGAACAUUUCUUGCAAGAACAGUAUUGUGUCAAGUGCGUUUGCAAAACCAAUCAAGCACCAUAAUGAAACUGUCUCUCUUUUUUGAUACACUAUAGGGUUUUCAAUUUUAGAUAUUUGGGGAGUAUUUCCUUUUCCUGCUAACCAUAAAUGACACAAACCCUUUACAGACACAUAUAUAGACCUAUAAAAUCUAUCAAAAGAGAUCCAAAGUUCUUUAUAUUCCCUAUGAGAGAAUAGAAUAUAUAAACUAAACUUAUAAAUCAGAAAUCUUAAAUAGAAUUCAGAAUUCAGAAAUAUACUUAAUCAGAAAUAUCAUUCCCAGAAAAUUUAAAAUUCAAAAUAAAGCAUAAGAUAACAGACAUAAAUGUUCUGCACAUGUCAUUUUCAAAAAUCAUUUUGAUAGAGGAACAUAAUUUUAUUAUUUCCUAUUUGCAUAUGAUCCUCAGUUAUGAUGCAUAUGACAUCAUCUUAAAAUAUUGAAUGUCAUGAAUGGCAAAAUACAUUUAAAUGGCAUGAACAAUUAGAAAAAAUUUAAUUUUUUAGCUUAUUCCCAUGAACAUUUAGCAAGUGGAACGGCUAAUGGUUAAAAAUCGAUGGAUAACUUGCUAAAGAGACGCAUCUGUCUGUGUGAACUGUACACACAAUUAUUCACCAACACCACUUGCACCUUGGCUGGCAGUUAUUGUUCUGUCCCCAUACAGCCCUGUCUUCGCUCCAAUCCAUUUUCACAUGUUCAGACCAAUUAAAGGAGUUUCUGGGAGGCCAGCGUUCCAGACGUGAAGCAGGCAAUCUGAUUAUGGUCUCGGUGUACUGAGAAAACAUUCUACCUUGAUGGUAUCCAAGUACUAGUGAAACGCUGUGAUAAGUGCAUUAGUGUAGCAGGGGAUUAUAUAGAGAAAUAAAGGGAUUGUUGCGUUAUUCUGUACGAUCAAAAGUCCCGCUUUGAUUUGAACACUUCUUGUAUAAAGCUGAUUUCGCUAUCACAGUAACAGUACUGAUAUUCCUCAGUUCUACGCUUGUAAUCAAAACACAGGAUCUUUGGUUUGCAUCUCAUGACUUAAAAUCUAGGAUCUCAGCUUGCGGUCUUUGACAAAACCCAGUUUGUAACUAAAAUGUACUUUAUAAAUGUUGCAGUUCACUUCUAAAACUUAAAGUAAAUAUAUUUAUUUAAUAUAAUUAGUAGUGGCUCAUAAGCAUUGAUAUUUGUCCAAAAAUCAAAAAAUACAAACUAAUGCAAAACAUUACUUGAUCAAAGUUGACAUCUCUGCCUCCUCACUAUUUCAUUUCCCCUAAAAAAAAAAAAAGGUUGUCAUUUCUUCAGUAGCACAAAAGUCUAUCAUGGCUUCAUAUAAAUCAGUUAUAAUUUUAAUAGCAACAGUUUCUAUUUGCUGAUAAUUGCACUUUACAACCCAAUCAUUGUAUUCUACAUGAUUAUGUACAUAGUCAUGUAGAAUACACUUGGUAAUCACAUCCUUCCUAACCAAUAAAAGGACAAAAAACAAACACCUAACAACGAUAGCGUUCAUUUUGGUAACUUUUGUUGAGAUUGAGACUUGCCAUAGCUCUUGCUGUAGUCCAGAUUUUUGACCACAAGGAGUAACAAUAACUCUAUGGCGCGUAAUGAAUAAAUAGAUGUUAAAUCUAUAAACAAGACAAAAUUACUGGAACAUGUGCUUAUGUCAACAUUUGUUAAAUUGUUAUUUAAUUAAAGCAUUUAAUUAGUAGUUCAACUGAGUUACACGAAUAUAUUAGUGAUUGAAUUAAGGUUUUAUGAACAAUUGUAAAAUGUUUGAUAUACACUGAUCAAUCAUAACAUUCAAAGGCCUGUCUGUCAGGUCAGGUCCCACAGAAGAGCCGAUGCAGCACAAAUCACUGAAAAAGUCCAUGAGUUUCGGCCUUGAUAAAAAGGCACCAGAACACCCAGCGCACCACAACCCGCCGUGCAUGGGGUCCUCCAACCCAUUCUUCAAACUCCCUAAAUCCAUGUCUGAUCUUGCAACCAGGUCCAAUCCCUUGACACAAUGUACAUUAAUCAAAUAAUCCAAGCCAAAACCAUAGUGCCAGACACCAGAGCACAUGCGAAAGCCAUCCUGGUGGCACAGGCUAAACCUAAACCUAGGUGGUGCUGAUCAGUGUACAUAAAAAUACAGUACUGAAAAUUACACUAGUAAUGUCUAAAGCGUACUUUCUGCUGAAAUUUGAUUCAUGAAUGGCAUUUAUUCCUGUGCAUUCUUUUUUGUUAUUUGAAUCUCUUUCCUUUCAGUGUUGUUUGGAUAAGUUGUUAUAUUAGAAGCUUGGCUAGCUGUAUCUAGCUAGCUGUCAUGUAGGCAGGAUAGCCAGUUACUACACUGAUGGGAAUUGGUCAGGAUGUUGACCUUGUUUAGCAGCAAUUGUGUGAAUGCUUGUAAAUCAUUAAUGACAUCUUUGAUUUUCAAGUCAAAAUA